AUGACCGCGAUAACUUGGCGCGAUGUCGCCGAAGGUAUUUCCUGGAUAGUCGGAUGGACAUAUUUCGCCCUCUGGACCUUCUCCUUCUACCCGCAAUUCCUCCAAAACCGCGCCCGCCGUUCCACCCUCGGCGUCGCAACCUCUUAUUUCCCCCUCAACAUCCUCGGUUUCCUUUGCUAUAGUCUCUACACUGCCUUACUCCUCUACUCCCCGACCAUCCGUUCCGAAUACGCCACUCGCUAUCCCAACGCUCCAAAUCCGACCGUCAGGCUCAACGACCUUGCCUUCGCUGUCCAUGCUUUGGUACUAGCUACUUUAACAUAUUCCCAGUUUUUCCCAGCAAUCUGGGGUUAUGAAACUGGUAGAAAGAGGGAGAGAACACGACCGAUCAUUUGGGGUGUCAUUAUAGGGAUCAUAAGUACUUUACUACUUAUAGCCAGUAUCGCAGCUGGGAACGAAGCAGACGGAGAACUCGACACUCCUAUUUCCAAAAACGUCACUGCCACUCCGACAACCCCCAAUCCGUUCCCAAACCAAAGAAUCACAAUAGCUGCCGGGUCGAUAACAGUAAUCAACCAAGACGAGAAUAACAAUUUCUUCAGUUUCGAUAAGAUAAAUUACCUCGAUGUCACAACCGCUUUGUCCCUUUCGAAAUUAAUCGUCACGUUGAUUAAAUACCUCCCGCAGAUAUAUAUCAACUACGUCAAUAAAUCUACAGAAGGUUUCUCCAUCUGGCAGAUUUUGGCAGAUUUCUUCGGUGGCGUUUUGUCAUUGGUACAGUUGGGUAUUGAUGCCGCGCUCGAGGGUGGAUGGGAUGGUGUUAAAGGGAACAUUGUGAAGACUGGAUUGGGGGUUAUUAGUAUGGCAUUGAACGUGGUGUUCAUUAUCCAGCACUAUAUUAUUUAUACUGGAAGGGAACAGGUCGUAGGAAGCGAUGAAGAUGAUGAGGACGACGAGGAAGAAGAAGGAGGAAGAGUGGAUGAGGAGGCUGGAAGGGGCUCGACAGAACGGACACCGUUGGUCAGGGAGAGGGAGAGGUAUGUGGACGACGGAGGGGUUUCUGAGUAA